AUGGCCUCCAUCGCCACCCUCCAGCGCAUGACCGCGGCCCAGCUCGCGGAGCGCAUCCUCGCCAAACCCACCGCCCAGUCCCUUGCCAUUGUCGACGUCCGAGACGAUGACUACAUCGGCGGCCACAUCAAGGGCGCCCUGCACUUUGCGUCGGGCAGCCUCGACGCCACGAUGCCCACGCUCCUCCGCAAACUCGAGGGCGUCGACACCGUCGUCUUCCACUGCGCGCUGUCGCAGCAGCGGGGGCCCGGCGCAGCGCUGCGGUACCUGCAGGAAGUGCAGUCCAAGGCGGACGGCGCAGACGGCGCAGCAACGUCGCCCAAGCAGACGGUCUACGUGCUGGACCGGGGCUUUGUCGGCUGGCAGGAGGUCUACGGCGAGGACACGCGGCUGACGGAAGGGUUCCGGAAAGAACUGUGGGCGAGCUACUGA